GCAGACUUUUGUGCCACAGGGUGCCUCCGCAUAUAUUUCAAGCAGGUAACCUCUAGGUAAGCAUGGAACCAGACACUUCGGACUAAUCGCAAGCAUUAAUGGCAUUCCUCUGCAGUGGAAGGACAGAAGAGAAGCAGGUUUUGAGUCUGACCGACGUUGCAAGCUUGUUGCGAUUAAAGGAAAGAUAUUGUGCAUCCUUUAUAGACGAAGGAUUCCGAAGGUUAUGGAUACAUCAUUUGUUUAACGGUAUUCGUUCUCUUGACAAUAGUCUACAUCUUGACGUUAGUUUUUGACGCUAAUGUAGCAGAAUCAGUAGCGAAUAUUUUGCCAGGACAGUAAUUACCUUGCACAGACAUGGUGAAUGAAUUUUUCAUCUUUCAUAGGGCAAUACAAGGUGGUGUAAGACCUACCUUUUCUGUCUCGCUCGUGUUUUUGAAGCGGCUAAAUUAUUUGACUUCCUGAUUUAACCUAACGUUGGCAGGAAGAACUGCGUGGCUGAAAAAAACUGACACGUGGAUCAACACUCCCAGUACCAGGAAAAUACAGGCUUGAAGUUGACUGUUUGUAGUAUAGGCUAUACGCCCAUGCUUGCUUUACCUGAACCGCAGAAGGUGUAGCUAGCUAACGUUAGCCAUUUAGCUGAAAAGAUAUGAUACUGUAUGGCCUAGAGAACAAAUCAUCAAUAUCAUCCACAAGACGUCCUCGAACUGCUGAAUUUUAGCCUGAAGGGUUAACUGAUCGCAAACAGAAGCACUUCUCAUUGAAUGGCAAUUUUACAAAAACAUGGAAAGAACUCCAAUCUGGAUUUGGCAAAUCUCAAAGAUAACCCCCCAGACAAUUUUGGUGCACUUGGAUCUCAGAAGAAGUGGGGAGAAUCCAAUUCGAACUGGUCGAGACCAGCAGCGCGGAUAUGGACGGUGGUUCUCUUGUUCGGGACCUGCCUGCUGUACUGUGCUCGGGUCGCCAUGCCGAUCUGCGCUGUCAACAUGGCGGACCAGUUCAAAUGGAGCAAGAGCGAGUCGGGCAUGGUGCUGGGCAGCUUCUUCUGGGGCUACUGCUUUACCCAGGUCCUUGGGGGCUAUGUCAGUGACAGGGUGGGUGGAGAGAAGGUCCUCCUCCUCUCUGCCGCUGCCUGGGGUGCUAUGACAGCCUUUACCCCCAUUCUGGCUCACCUCUGCUCCCAGCCCAUAGUUUCCAUGACGCUGGCCAGGUUCCUUGUGGGACUACUGCAAGGUGUUCACUACCCUUCACUGGCCAGUCUUUGCUCGCAGAAGGUUAUUGAGAGUGAAAGAGGAUUUCUGAUGAGCACAGUAGGAAGUGGCUCUUACCUGGGAACCUUGGUGAUUGGGGGUGUAGGCUCCCUGAUGCUGGAUCUCUAUGGGUGGGAGAGUGUCUUUUACGUGUCAGGUCUGCUGUCUGUGCUUUGGGCCUACUGCAUGUGGAAGUAUCUAUUAAAAGGAGAAGGUCCUAUCAUCACAUUAGAGUCAUUAGGUAGUGCUGGCGCACAGUCGAAGCUGUCGAAGAGACACUGGCUACGCUUGUUCAAGCAACCAGCUGUGUGUGCUGUGAUCAUUACCCACCUUUGCACAGCCAGUACCUUUUUCACUCUGUUGUCAUGGCUGCCAACUUACUUCAAAGAUACAUUUCCUGAUGCCAAGGGCUGGGUGUUCAACGUCAUCCCCUGGUUCGUUGCCAUCCCCUCCUCCCUCUUCAGCGGCUGUCUCUCGGAUCACCUCAUCGGCCAAGGGUUUGACACAGCCUCAGUCAGGAAGCUGAUGCAGUUCUUCUCAAUGGGUGUGUCUAGUAUCUUCACCCUGUCCUUGUGUGGCACCACCACCUUCCCCAUGGCUGUGGCCUUUGUGUCAGCGACCAUGGGCCUCUCCACCUUCAGCCACAGCGGGGUUUCUGUGAAUGUCCAGGACCUGGCCCCAUCUUGUGCUGGAGCUCUGUUUGGGGUUAUGAAUACAUGUGGAGCAUUCACAGGAGUUAUCAUGGUGUACUUCUCUGGACACUUGAUUGAAGCGACUGGCUCCUGGGCGUCGGUGUUCGCCCUCAUAUCAGUGGUCAACCUCCUGGGGCUCUGCACCUUCCUCUUGUUCGCUGAGGCCCGGCGUGUCGACAUUGAGGUCAAGUCCAAGCAUCACAACAUUCACAUCUGAGCACACGAUGGGCACAUUGCCCGUGGGAUCCAUAGGUUCUGUGAGCUUUCUCAUCUUCUGACCCGUUAACCAAGGGGGAGGAAGUGGAGAACGUAUCCUUCACACGACCAACUUCAUCUCAACUACGUAUGAUUCUUUUGUUUUUUUCUCAUUAAUUUUGUUUAUGUGGGUUAUUCAGAUGUGCAAAGUAAGAUGGGGGCUGGUACUGCUUGCAGCUUUUGCUGCAGUUAUUUUCAUACGGUUUUUUUAAUGGUUGGGAGAUGGGGAAAAUGUAGAACUUUCCUGCUUGUGUGCGCUUUUGCCUCUGUAUGAGGAGGAGAUUGUUAUUCUGAUGGAGAUUGUUAUUCUGAAAGCUUUGGGUUUACACUGGUGAGCGCUGCUUGUUGUGUGGAGAUGCAACAAGGCAUGCGCUUCAUUUCACACCUGCAGGGCUGUCUCUGCAGGUGGGGCUGUGGCUUCCCCAGACCUGGCCAACUUUGAGUGGCAUCUAAUUAAAAAUGACUAAUUGCCUUGUACUUAUGCUGACUUGCUGUAGAAUUCACCUGCCAUCCUCUCCUUAGCAAACACUGUUUCAGUUCAGUUUCUCAUGCUCUUCAGAGAUUCACCACAGUUCUCACAGAAUGCCCCUUUUCUCCAAUUCAGUGAAUACAGUGUUGCUGUUGUCUAAAAAGUAGUUACAAGACCAAAGCUUUUUCUUUUUUUGUUAAAGAUGCAUGAUGUAUGCCAGAUACCUUGAUAGCAAUGUUUUUUUGUUUUGUUUUUUUUCCUCAAAUUGCAUGUUUUUAUUUAAUCAAAUACAUAAGCCUUGUCUGCUCUCAUCCUUUGGAUGAUUGGUUGGUGUUUAAAAUGUUUACUGUGAAAGUGACCCCUUAAUGGAAAUUGGUCACAUGGUGUGAGAGCAGUAGCUGGAGAGGUUGUGGCCCAACUGAAGUGAAUGUGCCUCUUGUGCUGGUCUGGAGACAUUACGUCCUCAGUGUGGAAGGCAGCUAUUUGCCAGGGCAGGAAACACUCUUCUGAGUCUAUGUUUGCCAACAUUGGCACGGCCGCCACCUUCUGGCCUUAAAAACGCUUGGGCAGCUUGAGCUUGGAUUAGUUUAGUUAAUCUAAUGUGUAUGUGCGACACACAUCGGAUUUCCUUGCUCUUAGCAGCACGUAUUCCUUGUGGGUUCAGAAUUGUAGACAUACAAUUGCAAGACCAGACAUUUAUCAUUUAAAUCCUUAGUUGAAUGUGUGCAAGGGUCAUAAUAGACCCAAAUUCAGAAUGAAUUCUUGAUCUGUGCUGGAAGCAGCUGUGAUCCUGAAAAGCAGCGAAGCACUUGUCCAUUUGGGAUGCCGUAGUUUCUAAGCAUAUCAAAUACAGCCUUUGAGCAUUUAAUUUAUCCUAAUGUGCAAGACUAUUUUGUUUCCAGCUUCCAGGCUGUUUAAGCAGGGUUUGUGACUAAGACUGCAGUCUGCUCUGGAUUGAACAUUGGUAUGAAUGUACAGUGUUAUUUAGCUUUAUCCUACAAAGGGGCUCAGUUGGGUUCUUUUAUGUGAAACCAAAUAUUGAAUAUGACAUUACAUCUUUUGCCAAAUGAAUAUAUUAUUACUUUUGCAUCAUUUAUUAUUGUUAUUAUUUAUAUUUUUAGACCUAUGAUUUAGAAAAACGAAUCAUUUUAACAAUCCUGAGAAUUUAUUUAAAAUCACGCGUUUAUUUAAAUCUCACAAAGAGUGUAGAGGAUUUCCCACUCAAGUUAAUUUAGCUUGUACUACUCUUGUUCAGUCACACACUGAACUUGUGUGCAUUCCACAUUCUGCUUAAAAUCUGUUGCUAAAACUAUGUUCUUUCGCUUUAUUAUUUUGGUCAAUUUACAAACCAUGUAGCAUUCAGUUUAGCACAAUUUAAGACAUUUGUAAAGUCAUUAGUUUCAUUGAGAUUAAUUGUGCCAUUAAGGAACAGCUGCAGAGAUGUUGUGCAAACUGAGUGUAUGGAUAUGCAAAGGUACUGGAGCAGUCUUCUGUUUCUCAGUGACCCUUUUGAAAGGGAUGAGCCAGAUUACCCAUGUGGCCUAGCACCAUCUAGAGGAAGGAGCUGCACUAUUGCCUGUACAUGAUGAAAUGAAAUGUUUAGACUAUGAAAUAAAAAACAACAGCGGUUCUCAUAUCAAACAAAACAAAAUGAAAAUAUGGGGGUUCUGAACGAGAGAGUAAAUCUCUAGUUUGAUUCUCCGAGAUGCUCCACUGAACUGUGUGAUGCACACCUCCAUCCACUGUAUAGUAUGUCAUGGAGCAGAGAGCAGCUUCCUAGAAAGAAGGGCACAUGAUAAUCUGGCCUACCCCUCUUUAAUUAAGGUCCUUGUGUUUUACGCAUCUUAAGGUACAGCUCAUCACAGACAUUAUGCUAUACUGUAGGUCAAAUGACAAAUAUUGGUGGACCCUCGGUUACACAGUCCUUCAGUUCCUAGAACUGGUGGUGAAUGUUACUGAUCUCCAAAAUUACUGUACUCUCGCAUAGGUCACAUUUAUAUAAGAAGCAAUCAACGUACAAAUGUACAAAAAUUGUGAUGUAUCCUUUUUUGAAAAUGUAUGUAUGUCUAGACUCACUCCUAUGAGUGCAAGUAUACAUUAAAUACAUUUUGCAUAACUUCUACAUAUCAUUGCAUUACCACACAGCCAGUGCUACAACUUUUUUCUUUUUUUGGGUGUGUAAAUGGUCCAGUUUAGUUCCAGUUUUAUUGAAUUCGGCAAGAAUUCAGAGAUACACUUCUUCUCAAAGAAGUGUAACUUAACUGUGCACAGCAAAUAACCAGAGAUGAAGGACUGUAAACCACCAACUCAUAUUACAUUUUAGAAGGCAUUAUUUUUCAACAAAAACAUGUAUGUACAAUACAGAAAGCAAAUAGAUUUCUAAAAUAUUUAAGUAAUGCAGUAUUCUUUUUUGCUUUGGAAAAUGAAUUGUAUUUAUAAGCAUAUUUUGUUGAAAUUUAAAUAAAAAUAUAUUUUAUCAAUGGUUUAAAAAUGAAGAAA